AUUAAGAGGCCUCUCUUCUGUUUUAUCUGCUUUAGUCAGCAAAAUUUAGAUAUUAAAAAGCAAGCUUAUAGAUUCUCCAGCUAUGGAGACAUUACUAAGUAUAUUAAGCGAAAGUAUCUUUGUCAUAUCUCCACACAAUCAGAGAUAAAGUGUGAUGUCUGCGGUGAGAUUUUCUCGUGCAAAAUGCAUCUUCAGCGGCACGCAUUUGAUAUACAUUCGACUGUCACAUAG